UGACGUAGACUUCCAACAAGAAGUGUCCGGCUAUGGGUUCGAUGGGUUUGAAGGUGACGCGAACGACAACUUUAUCGUUGAAAUCGCAGAAGAGGGCCUCGGACGCGGAUGGGAUGGGGACAAGCUCAGUGGAACUCGCUUGAGGACUCUGCGCACCAAGUUUUUGUUGAGGCACCAGCUCACCGGAUGCUACUUGUUCAGUCACAAAGUCAAGCUUCCCGAGUGGGGUUAUGAGCAACAGGAAGUUACAUGCAACAAGAAUGCCGUCCGAAAGAACGCUCUCUGGUUCAUCGAGAGCAACACGAACCCACUUUCGCCGAAAAGGUCAACUACCGAAUCCCCGGCUUCCUUCGCAAGUUCUGGGAGUUGCAAUAUGUUAUGUGGUGGACCAAUGCCGGUCUUACUAGCCGACACGCAUACGAUUCUCGUCCAUGGUCCUGGCCAAUUUUACGCCGAGGAAUCAACUUUUGGGUCAAGAGCCAUCGCCAUAUCUACCUCCUCGGAAACCCAUUCACCUG